AUACAUUGAAGUUGGGCCGGGCAAGACUUACCUGAUCAGAAUGGUUAACGCAAUGAUGAACUACAUUAUGUACUUCAAAAUCAAGGACCACAAUGUGACGGUGGUGGGCAUGGACGGCGCCUACACGAAGCCGCUGAACACCGAUCACAUCGCGAUCACCCCCGGCCAGACCAUAGAUUUCCUUCUGGAAGCCAACCAGCCGCCCAGCCGUUAUUACAUGGUCGCCAGAGUAUACGCCGGCCCCGUGGGGCAUAUUUACAUUCCCACCACAGGAAUCGUGGAGUACGUCGGUAACUACACCCGGCCCCGGCCCUCAUCACCGGUGCUUCCAUCUUUCCCUGAGUUCGACGAUGGGGUGGCCAGGUCCACCCAUUUCAGCAACAGGCUCAGAAGCCUCGCCGACGACAACUACCCCAUCAAAGUUCCUAUGAACAUCACCCACAACAUGUUCGUCACUCUCUCCAUCAAUACGUGGCCCUGUCUCACAAAUUCUUGCGUGUUAGUCUACAGGCUGCUGGCCAGCAUGAACAACGUGACCAUGUUGUUGCCCAAAACCCAAAAUAUUCUUGAGGCCUAUUACAAAGCGAUCAGAGGAGUUUUCACGCCCAAUUUCCCAGCGAUGACACCAAUAAUAUUCAACUUCACGCAAGGUUAUAAGCCGGGGAAUUUUACGCCCGCCCAUUUCGGAACGGCUGUGUACAUGUUGGACUACAACUCGGAAGUCGAGAUGGUGCUUCAAGGCACUGACUAUGGUGUUGGCGAUGGAAUCGAUCAUCCCAUGCAUUCAUGGCACGUUUCCUUUUUGGGAAAAAAUAAGGGGUGGAUUAAGCAUUAAAAUACUCACUAAUUACCCUU